AUGUCCUACGAGGAACCCGAACCCCUGGAGACUGGAGGAGACAGUUCUUUGGUGCCUCCAGCCUUGGAAGGCGCCCCUGUAGAGGAAACUAACGUUGAGGUAGCCGACACCGCUGCCCUCGAUGGUGAAGAGGAAGAAGAAGACCGGGAAGAAAGUUUGUAUUCGCAUGAUGAAGAAAGAGAUGUUGCCGAGAAAGAAGACAGUGCCACUCCCGAGAUUCAAACGGCCACUAAUGAGGAUGUUAAUGAGGGUCUAAUCGGAGCAGAAACGCAAGAAGUAGAUGCAGGUGCUGUCGACGAAAUAAACAAUGAUGUUGGUGAGACAGGCGAAGCUGCUCUUUCCAGGACUCUGUCUAAUACUGUGGUGGACGUGAUACCCGAAACAGCGGCCGUUGCAGAGGAAAACGAUCUCACAACUAGUGUUCAGCCAUCAAACGAACAAAUCACGGAUAUACAACAACAAGAAGAAGAACAGGCCAAUGCCUCUAGUGACUCCGAGAACAUUGAAGAAUCUACCGAGCCAGUUAAACCCGAACAGCCCGUAAUGGAUGAAGAAGCAGAAAUCGAAAAUACGGCAUUAGAGCCAGACGCUUCUGCUGACAACGAAGGCGAAAUUUCCGACCAGAACAAAGAUUCAUCAUCAUCCUCUUCUGAUUCAGAAGCUUUCCCCUCGGAACCUCAAAAAUUUGACGUCAACAAUUUCAGCAGAGUCGCAGAGAACGUGGAUUAUAAUUUGCUUCAAAGACAAGCAACUUUGAUCUUAGAUAGUCAAAUUUUGGACAGACCUCAAUUUCAACGUCUUUCAGACCCCGAAAAGAUCAGCGCGAUAGUCUCUCUGCUCAGCACCGGUGCGGAAACUGCUCUCCCACGUCAAACCGCUUCAGUUUCUCAGGAGCCCGUAACAGAAAAUGGCGAAGAGAGGCCAAAUUUGUUCCAACCCAUGUCCUCUGUUGAGCGCAAACGUUACAAUGAAUACUUGAAAGGUGAAAAUAGGAUCACAGAAAUUCAAAAUAUCCCACCAAAGUCGCGUCUCUUUAUUGGAAACUUGCCGUUGAAAAACGUUGCCAAAGAUGAUCUCUUCCGCAUAUUUUCGCCCUACGGUCACAUCUAUCAGAUAAACAUCAAAAAUGCUUUUGGUUUCAUUCAAUAUGAUAACCCACAAUCUGUGAAAGCUGCCAUUGCAGGCGAAUCAAAUGAAAUCAACUUCGGCAAGAAGUUGAUUCUCGAGAUCUCCUCUUCCAACAGCAGGCCACAGUAUGACCAUGGUGACCAUGGCACUAACAGUAGCUCUACAUUCAUCUCGUCGUCCAAACGCCCAUUCGAAGAAGAAGAAGAAGAGGAAGAAGACCUUUAUAACGAGAAUCAGAAAAGAGGUAAGAGACGGGUGCCGGAAUGUCAGAUUUACGUCAAGAGAACCGCUGAUAGAGCAUACGCCAAUGAUGUAUUCGCAAGAUUUAGGCAACGCACUGGUCUAGAAACCGAUAUGAUCUUCUUGAAGCCCCGUAUGGAACUGCGCAAAAUGAUCAACGAUGCCGCUUAUGAAGGCGUUUGGGGUGUGGUACUGGUAAACAAAACCAGGAACGUUGACAUACAAACUUUUUACAAGGGCGCUCAGGGAGAGACUAAAUUUGACGAGUAUGCUAGCGUAUCCUGCGAAGAUGCUAUUGCAAUUUUUAACAACCUCAAAGGUAACAGAAGCAGCUCCGUCACCAUGGCUCCUCAACCAGUUCCUCAGCAGCAAUACUACGGUGGCUACCAUGCAGCCCCUGCCCCGCUUCCGCCGCAUCAGGGACAGGCCUAUAUGCAGCAAGCAUACGGUGCAAUGGCGCCAACACCCCAGGCGUACAAUGCGGCUGGACCCCCUCCUCCUGCUAUGGCCCAGAGCUACCCAUACCAGGGUCAUCCAGUUGCUGGACCCCCCACCCACGUUGCCCAGCCGCCCGCAAUGGCUCCUGCGAUGGGUGCUGUCCCACAGAUGGACCAACAGCAACUACUUUCGGCAAUUCAGAAUCUGCCACCCAAUGUUGUAUCAAACUUGUUGUCCAUGGCGCAACAACAACCACAACAGCAGCAGCAAUUACUUGGAAUAAUCCAGUCAAUGCAGCCACAAGGACAAGCACAAGGAUCUCCACCCGCUCCUAUGUCGUAUGGUGGGUUCCAGCAGAUGCCAAUGGUCAAUCCGUCCGUGCAUCACCAACCACAACAUCAAGUACAUCCCCCUCCACCUCCUCCUCCAAUCCAGGCUCAGCAACAGGACCCUUACGCUUCUGGUCCAAAGAUCCCUCCUUCCCAGAACCCUGUUCCUCAGCAACAGUCUCCUUCAAUGUCUGGUAACAAUAAUGUCCAAAGUCUUCUUGACAGUUUGGCCCAACUGCAACAAAAGUAA